AUGGCUGAAGCUUGGAGUACUAUGGCCUCUAGCCUACACGGACAGCUAAAGUUGAACGUUUGUUUAAAUGUCUCGCGCAUAUUUUUUGUCCUAACCUCAGUCCAGCUGGCGACUAUGUCCGAAAAGCCUAAUCUGGCCCGUGACUCUACUAUGGUAGCGACGGCGAAGGUAUUCACCCGUUUCUGCCUGAGGUCACCAUUGUGUCUUGUCUGGUCGUUCCGAACAUGAUAUUUAGUUGUAGUUUAUAGUAAUCUUUACUGUCUAUGUCGAAUUGUAUGCUUAUGAGAACCAGGUAUCAAAACCUGGCAAAGGUCUCUUCCCGUCUUAAUGUAAUCCGACGUAUCGCAUUGCCUGGUGAGGUUCCAUUCCGCCUGCGUUCCCUUUAAGUCAGCAACGCACACUCACGCUGGUUAUGAGGGGAGUUGAUUGUGUUCGUAUUUUUAAAGGCCUUAUUCACAAAGCAGGCCGAUUUGCGAAGAAGUUGCGUUUGGCCAUUUACAUUGGUAAUUAUAUUAUGGUAAAGUGCUAUUUACGCCAGAAGGGGGAUGUAACUUUUUGGCAGGGUCUGCACCCUUGCCCCGACCCAGUCCGCAUGGGAUAGCAGACUUAUCGAUUAUUUUCGAGAGAUAAGUGCCUAGCAUGCCUUCAGCAAGCAAAGGCUUAAAAUAACUGGAGUCGCUAGGUAGCCUGACUUGAUUAGAUCUACCGAUAACCCGCCCGUCUAAGACGCUGUUGUCGAAGUCAGCGCUCCAUCAGAGACUGGCACAGGGCUAGAAGGAGCUCGGCCGCCCGAAGUCCAUUGUUAAUAGAAGUCACAGGUGAUUGGUAGUUAGAGUUUAGUCUCACUAUGACGGAACACAGAGUUUGCGCAAUUUCAUCCCAUCGGAGACCCCGUUUAUGCUAGACGCUAAUGGACCACCGAAUUCCACAAAAGUAGAAUACCUUUUCUUAUCUGACAUCGAAGUCAAGUAAAUAAUUUUGUAACUCGUUGCGGUUAUACGUGAACUGCGAUAAAUGUUGAACGUGUAGUGCUACAUCCGGACCUCCCCACCAUACGCUUAAGCGUAUCACCUGUGGUUGUUUACGCAGCGGUGUUAGGUAAAACUUUCCAACAUUGCUUCGAAAUAUCAGGAGGGUUAGUAGUUGGAGAAACUCGAAUGGUUCCUUCAUCAAUCCUUGUUGAACUAACGGGCCCUUUCUUCUCACAGUCUACGCGAACUUGUAUUUGGUAGCAUACAUGGCCCUGCGUUUCUCCAGCCAGGCUAUCACAAUCCCUGAUCGUGAUCUCCCGAGACGGCCUGUCUGUUUGUUGCUGGUCAUAGCGCCACAAUACUAGCUGUUCUUCCGCGCAUGUUCCCAAGGAUGUUCAAUUAUCCGGUUUUUGCCUCCUAAACCAGCUCACGCGCCAGAACUACGUGAACAGCAUUUGGUAUUUCCCACUGACUGAAUUGAAACGGCUUUGCAUCAUGAGACACUAAUAGAUCCGGCGCGUAUAAUGGCUUUAACCAUCGGAGAGAUUUAUCUAGCUGUACCCUUAUUUACGACUUUUGCGUUAACUUAAGCGGGCUCACGCUGUUUGCCAGUAGAAGUGCGUAGUUAAACAGGUAAAGUGCACAGUGCCAGCCUAAUAAGGAAAGAAUGGGUUUGACCCAUUGACUUCGCCAUACUGCCACCUGAUCAGCAAAACUAACGCGGGCUGCCCUUAUUGGGCACCUUCCUCUGUCCGCCAAACAAAAGACACUCCGGUUUUUUCUACCUGCUUAAAGUCUGGCGGUCUGCUCGAAUUCUACAUCAAUUUGCUUGUCAUCAUGACCGGAGCAUUCUAUUACUGCCACCCCCCCGACCCCCUUUAUCCUCCCAUCACCCGUCUUCUUUUACGCCGUUUUGAGGACUUAUUUACAACCUUCAUCCUUUAAUUACUUUUUUGGGUCGUUGGCUUGGAAUGUUCUGAUCGAGUUGUCCCAGACUAUGGGCUUGCUAAGUAGGUAUUUCGACAAUUUCGACUCCCAGGACUCAGUUAGUGAAGCCCUAGAAGGAACAUUUAACCCUAAUACAAACCUCCGGCUACCUGCUGUACACUGUCGUCCCUGAAAUGACGAAUCAAAAAUUAGAGGCGGGCUUCCGUUGUCCCUUCGCCAGUUACCAGAAGUUUAUUCAUCAGCACAUGCAAUUUCUCAUCGUUUUUAGUGCCUGAAUGUACAUUUUCUCUUGUUCACACCUUGACUUCCAUAGGCAGGAAAGGAAUUCUUGAAAAACGAAAAGCUUGGUGACACUCGUCUCGUUACACAGAUGAAAAAAUCAAAGAAACCCCAAAUGCGCAAGGGCCUAACUAUAAGCCGAACAAUCGAGGAAGGUAUGCUUCCCUGCAUGUGCCUGACCAGUUAAAUUAGCCAAGCUUCUGCUUGGGAAUGAUAUAUCCCUGGCCGACGCAAAUGCUGGCCGGACUCUGAGGAAACGACCUGCUCCUGUGACCCUAGCCAAAUCGGGUCACAAAAAGACCAGUAACCCAAAAUCUAGAAUCAAAAAGAGCAAGACUGGCAACGGACCCUCUGGCGACGCAAAUAACACUGUCUAG